AAUAAUCAGUGUUGUUUAAGUGAAAUUACUGUAAGUUGAUUAUGAGAAAAAUCUGUAAAAUGCAGUCUUAAUAUAUAAUGCAUUUAAAAGAAAACUUGUUUAAUCUCAGCUAUUUUUUCUAUUAUUGUAUAGUUAAUGUGCAGUUUCUUCCAAAAAAUUUAUCAGCAUGAGCAUGAAUGUAUUUGUUGGUAGUCAUUUGCAGUGCUACAAUGUAUAACUAAAAGCAAAGCAGUACAAAAAUUAUUGGGGUUUGUGGGUGGACAUAACUUUAUGGAUUUACCUGACGAUGGUGUGGCAGUGCAAACAGAUCUUCCUGUGGAUAGUGAAGUUCCUGGAUUAACUGAUAGUGAAGAUCCUAUUGGACUAAAUCUUUCUGAAGAAGAAAUAAAUUGUUCUAGAAAUGAGAACAGUAUCACUAAUAUACACUCUGAUGAAGGGCUUUCAAAUGACCCAGAUGAUCAAUUGGACAUGGGCAUUUCCAAGAGAAAAAAUAUUCAUGUAUCAACAGGUAUUCAAGUUCCAUCUGAAAUUGUUGUGAUUGCAGGUGAAGGUACAAUAUCUUCUGAAGUAGUACAUUUAGAAAAUGAUGCUAAGGUAGCAAUGUCAGCAAUAAAUUCAGAUACAGAUGAACCACUUUCAAAACAUCUUCAUUUAGAGCAAGAUGGUCCUACAUUUAUUUUAACUUUACCAGAAGGAGUAGAAGGUUUGACAGCUGGAGUAGUAGAAUUAGGUCAGAGAACACUUUCUUCCAAUUUGAUGCCUACAGAGGUUUUUAAUGGAGAAAAUUCAAUGAGUGCUGGAGAUAUUAAUCAAGCAUGGUUUACAAGCCGUGAAGAUAAAAAUAGCCUUCAUAAUAGAGAACCUUCCAAUACAGGUCAUAUGUGGAAACAAGGAAUGUGGUCCAAAGAUGAAAUAGAAGUACUGGAGAAUAAUAUUAGACAUUAUUGUGAGAAACAUAAUAUUACUGAUCCUGCUACAAUAAUUUUUGAAAUGACAAAGGAUGAGAGGAAAGACUUUUAUCGAUCAGUAGCUAAGGAUUUAAAUAGACCAUUAUUUUCUGUUUAUCGUCGUGUAAUAAGGAUGUAUGACAAAAAGAACCACGUUGGAAAAUAUACUCCAGAAGAUUUAGAAAGAUUAAAAAAAUUAAGAUCAGUUUAUGGAAAUGAUUGGCAAGCUAUUGGAGCAGUUAUGGGAAGAAGUGCUUCUUCUAUUAAAGAUCGUUGCCGAUUGAUGAAAGAAAAUUGUAAUCAAGGUAAAUGGCUUCCUGCUGAGGAGAGGAGAUUAGCAGAAGCUGUGUAUGAAUUAGCCAGUGCGAUACCAGGUGAAAGAAUUACAUCUGGUCUCUCUUGGGCUGCCGUUGCUGAGAGAGUAGGUACUAGAUCUGAGAAACAAUGUCGAACAAAAUGGCUUAACUAUUUAAAUUGGAAGGAAGCUGGUGGAACAGAAUGGACUCGAGAAGAUUACAUUUCUUUAAUUUGUAGGGUCUUUCAACCACUGAAUAGAAAACACUAUCAGAAGUUAAUGAGUGAGAAAAUAUUAAUAGUAUAUGGAUUAAAUGUAAAUGAUGAGAAUAUGAUUGAUUGGGCUGAAUUAGCUAAAGGAUGGGCAAGUGUUCGAUCACCACAGUGGUUGAGAGGGAAAUGGUGGAGUUUGAAACGACAUGUACCCAAUGCCAUUACUCUCCCUUUCCGUGAUAUAUGUGAUUAUUUGUAUCAGCAUUAUGUUCAAAAAAUUAGGUUAAAAGAUGAAUCCACUUCAACGUCGGAAAAUGUUUCCAGUCUGCAUUCUCAUCCUCCGGCUCAUUUAACGGGUCAUACACCUACAUCUAUCUUAUGCAGUCCAACAGAUUCUAUAUCUAGUCCUUUAGAAAUGGAAGGAGCUAUUUCAACUGCUGCUAUACGAGAGUUAAAUCAUUCAAGUGUUACAACAAAUUUAGUAACAACUACUGUUGUGGAAACUAUUAAUUCUCCAGCUACAACAAUUUCAUCAGUAGGAAUGUCUCCCAUGUUACAGACCCUAGAAGUAUUGCCGCAAGGAAUUCAACUAACACCAGCUAAUCCACAAACUUUCCUACUCACUCAUCCAACUCAGUCCAUACCAUUAACAGCUUCAAUUUCACCAAAUCAAAUAAUUAUUCAAGCUGUUACAACUGAGAGUCUUCAAGGCAGAGAGAAUAUGGCCAUACAGAUGAGUUCUCAGCCACAAAUAAUAAUAAGUGCCACAGGGGGUGCUACAGCUCUAACAUCACUUGCUCCAAAUACAAUUGCUGCAACUCAUUCUGGUGUUUCUGGUGUUCUUACUCUAAAUUCGGAUCAAAUGAGAUCUGAUGCGUCCACUCCUACAGUUAAUAGUGGAGAUUUUGGUGGAGAUGACCAGGAAUCUUUGAUAGAAGAGACAUUUCAAAAUCAGGUAAUCAAAUGUUAAUGCAAAAUAUUUAUUAUGGCACAAUCAACUUUCAUUAA